AUGAAUAAUCGUCGACAACGAAUUCAAUUUCUUUUUAUUGCUUUAUUAAUACUUGUAAUAAAUGUUGAAAGUCGAGCUUUUGAUGGCAGUGAUAAUAAUUUAAAGAAUCCUACCUCUGGUAUUCCAUCACAAAGUUUCCAAAGAAAUUAUCCUCCUCAAGCAUUGUUUGGAGCAGAUGGAGAUUCAAUGAUAAAAUCACCUUCUGAUAUAGUUGCUGCUGAUCCAACACGACCAAUACCAAAAUGUGCAGACUUACUUCCAGUUGAUACUUAUCCAAUGCCAAGAUGUGUAUCAAAUAUCCUCACUAAUUAUAAUUUAAAACCUUAUAAUUUUAGCCAAAUAUCAGAUUAUCGAUCUAAAAGACAAACAAGCCAUUUGAUUACUUUUUUUGCACAAUUCAUUUCUUUUGAUAUAACUGAUUCAUCAACCACGAAUCCAUCAAUUCCAAUGUACAUACCAGCUGAUGAUGCAACUUACAAUUCACCAAAAUCAAUUCCAGGUCAAUUAAGUGCUACAACAAAAUUUUUACCUUUUAACAGAUCAGAUUUUUCUACAGCAGGAACUACAAAACGUAAUGGUAUUAAUAAUGUGACACCAUUUCUGGACUUGAGUCCUUUAUAUGGUAUCAGUAUUGCAGAAUCAAAUAUGCUUCGUGAUCUUGGUAAUAGAGGCAGAAUGAAAACAAAUGGAGGAAGUCCAACCAACUCAUAUCCAAUAAGAAACCAAACAACAGGAAGUUAUAUUAUGGGUACACACUCAACAAGAUCAAAUAAUAUUUUCACUUUAGCAAUUUUGACUAUUUGGUUACGUGAACAUAAUAGAUUGUGUGAUGAAUUGUAUGAUAUACAUGGUGAUACUUGGUCUGAUGAUCAAUAUUUUGAAGAAGCUAGGAAAUGGAAUAUUGCAUUUUAUCAAAAAGUAGUGACAGAAGAAUAUCUUGGUGUUGUAUUGGGCCAACCAUUACCGCAAUAUCAAAAAUAUGAUCCAGCCCUAACUCCAGGAAUUGACUUAUUCUUCUCCACCAUAACAUUCAGAUAUGGUCAUAGUGAAUUAAGUGAUUAUUAUCAUAUUAAAGAUAAAUAUGGUGAUAUAGUUAAAGAAAUUCCAUUGAGUGAUCUUUUUAAUAUGGAUUUAUUAGAAUCCUUUGAUUUAGUAUAUUUAAUAAGAUCAAUGUCUGUUCAACGCCAAGAAGAAGUUGAUUCGUAUUAUACAGAUUCUACAAGAAAUGUAAUAACACCUGAACCAAACACUUAUGACGUUGGUGCAUUUGAUCUUUUAAGGUCAAGAGAUAGGGGGAUUCAGUUAUAUAACGAUGUUCGUCAAGCAUAUGGUUUGGCAAGAAAGAAAACUUGGGCAGAAAUAACAUCCAUUACAACGUUGCAAUAUUAUUUAAACCAAUUGUAUCCUAAUGGUCCUGAUUCAUUAGAAGCUUUUGUUGGAGCAAUGGUUGAAGAUCAUUUGGUUGGAUCUAAUUUUGGUGAAUUAUUGAGUACUAGUAUAAAUUCGGAUAGAUUCUGGUGGCAGAAUAAUCAGAAUAAUCUGUUUACUGCUGAUGAAAUGGCUGUUAAUAGAAAUACAACUUUCAAGGAUAUCAUCAUUCGUAACCUUCCAGAAGAUGUCAGAACAGCUGUUCCACAGAAUAUUUGGACGGUUCAACCAGUAACAAAAGUUGAUAGUCCACGAUCAUCUGAUUAUCCUGGAGUUAUUGAAUUAUGGACCACUUACCUUGUUAGUUACAAGAUUGUUGGAGAAAAUAUCAAUUUCAAAGUUCAAUUGGAAACCGUUGGUGGUGAAGGAUGGUUUGGAAUGGGAUUUAGUCCUGAUGAUGAUGGAAUGAAAGGAGCAGAUUUUGUAAUUGGAAUUGUUUCAAAUGGAAAUAUAACUUUAAAAAAUUAUCGAGCUUCUGGUAUGGGCUAUCAUCCUCCUACUGUUGAUGAUGAUGGUCCAGACUUGACAAUCAGUAAAAAUGAAAUAGUAAAUAACCUUGCUACAAUUGAAUUUGCACGACCUUUAUCACCUGGAGGAAGAAAAGGAAUUAAUAAUGGGCCUACAAAAUAUAUUUUGGCUUAUAAUCCUGGAAGUUCACAAAUUUCCUAUCAUUCAAACAAUCGUCAAUUUAUAAUUGUAGACUUUUACAAUUAUCAAAUUUCUGCAUCAGCUGUAACUAAAGCUGCAAAAUUAGCAAAGUUAAGUCAUGGAGUUGGAAUGUUUUUAACUUGGAGUGUUCUAUUCCCUAUCUCAAUUUUCAUAGUUAGAUAUUACAAACAUACCAAUAAUUAUGUUAAAAUACAUCGAUUUGCACAAUUACUUGGUGGUAUUAGCGUUGGUAGUUUUGGUGCAGCUGCUAUGACAACAAUUAGUUUAAUAUCAAUUUGGAGUCAAGCAUUUAUAGUAUCAGUUAAUCAGGGUUAUCCUAGAUUUUUAAAAAGGAUUCAUAAAUUUUUUGGUGUUUCCUUAUUAUUAUCUGCAUGGGUUAAUGUAUAUUUGGGAAUUUACACAUUUUGUACAUCUUAUGGAUAUAAUCCACUACCAUAUACGAUGUCAUAUCUUUUAUUAGUCUCAGUUACGAUAUCAGCCUUUAUAUUUGGUCAAUAUUAUUGGCGUUGGAGGACAAGAUGGAAUAUUAGGAAAUUAAAAAAAAAUCACAAAGGAGGUUUUGAGAAAGAUACAGAUGAGGAGGAAUCUAAAUCAAUACUAUUCAAUUAUAUCACUAUGGAAAAAUAUAACUUACUACCAGAAUUUACAUGGGAUGAACUCAAUGAACGUGUUCAACGUGGUGCAUAUUUAGUAAUUUGUGAUGGAUUAAUUUUUGAUAUUAGGAAAUGGAUUGAAGCACAUCCUGGCGGUGCAAAAAUUCUUGAACGUGUUAUUGGGACUGAUAUUACAAAUGAAUUUUUUGGAUACAAUACUGUUCGUGAAAUAAUUGAAGAAGUAGAUGAACCAGAUGUUCCACCACUUUCAACUGGUGCUUCAGAUUCAGUAUCACCAGUUUUAGGAAAAUAUACAAAUUUAUUACGUGAAAGAAACAAAAAAAAUAAAUUAUCUUACAAUAAAAGAUCAGUGGCAAAAAUUUUUGAUAAUGUGAAUGUUAAAUAUUUUCUAAAAUCUCCAUUAGCUGUUCAUUCGCACAGUUUAUUCGCAGCCAAAAAAUUGUCAACAUUAAUUGUGGCAAGAUUAAAAGAAAAUGACUAUAUAAAUCCAUCAUCUUCACCAAUCACACCUCAAUUUGGGCCAUUUAAUGAUGAUGGUCAAAUUUAUUCUAAUAAGGAGAGUGCAAUGAGUGAUUUAGAUAUUACGAAACAUGAAGCUGCAUUCAGAGUUAAAUUUCAUCGAUACAAGUUGACAAGUAGAGUGCUUGCUAAUAAUAAUAAGAAACAACCUGUAAUAAAAUUUACAUUUACAAAAGUUUAUCAAAAUGAUAAAGAUUCAAUAGAUUAUAAAUUUUUACCUGGACAAUACAUUGAGGUACAAUCAAGAAUUAAAGGCCAAGUGGUCAUUAGACCUUAUACACCAAUAGAAGGAAAAAUAAUUAAAAGUUUUAGCAUUUUUGUUAAAAUUUAUCCAGGUGGACUCAUGUCACAACAUUUGAAUGAUCAAUUGAUAGGAUAUGAGAUUCAAGUGAGAGGGCCAUUUGAUAUUGGUGAUAGAAUCAAUUUAACAUCACCAGCAUUACCUCAAUCUGCUGAUUUUAAAGCUGCAUAUAGAAAAUCAGUCUUAUCAAUGCCAACAUCUCCAUCAAAUAUAUCUCAUCCAAGAAGUUUUAUACUUAAUCCUAAUAAUGUUGAUGGAACUUGGGAUCAAUUGUACAUGAUUUGUGGCGGUACUGGAAUUUCACCAAUGUUACAAUAUCAUUUGGAAAUAAAUAUGAAAUAUGCUCAACGAAACCCAUCAUUAAGUAAUAAACGUGCAUCAUUGCACUUAUUAUUUGGUAAUAGAGCUAUAGUGGAUAUUAUUGAUGGUAUUGAAUUAGAAGAAUUGGCAAUAAAUAGUAAUAAUUUUCUGAAUAUAACCUAUUUGUUAUCACAUCCACCUGAAGGUUGGUUAGGAAUUGAAGGUAGACUUGAUCAGUUGAUAAUUGAUAAAUGGUUAAAAUCACAGAUUGGUAUGGUUAAUCACAAUGAUGAUAAUAAGGAUAAGAGCGUCCUUAUUUCUUCUAAUCAUAAUAACAAGAAACAUCAUUCAAAAUCAAGUUCUUUGAAUGAUUCAUUAAGUAAUAUUGCAUCAUCGGUAAUUCAUAAAUUUUCAAAUUCAAAUUCACGCAAACAUCUACCAGAAUCGAAUGAUGAACAUAAAUCUGAUGGCUCAAAUACAAUCCUUUCUUCUAAAUUAUUAUCUACAUCCUUUAAUGAUAGUAAUCAUAGUAAUCAUAUCCCUUCUAAACUUGGUCCUAAUAGUAAAAUAUUUGUUUGUGGUCCAUCUAAUAUGAUGAUUGCUGUUGAAAAAUCAUUAAAGAAUCUUGGAUAUCAUGAAAAUGAAUUUAUAUUAUUAAUUUAG